CAGUCAGUCUAACAGAAGUAACAGCAUCGUUUAGUUCGCUCAGCAGUGCACUUUCAAUUUCCAGUGUUUUCAAUGUGGCGCUAUUUGUUCGUAAUCGUCAUGGCACUAGCUGCCCAUUCUGGGUCCUCGGCAAAAAUAAAGAACGUGAAAGCAAAUGUUAAAAAAGAUCCACUCCCCACAGAGGGUUUGUUAUAUCCUUUUGAAUCGGAAUCGCGAGAAGUUCGAUCCUUGGAUGGCAUGUGGAGAUUUUUGAAAGUAGCUUAUAAUGAAUCCAUGCGAGGCGUGGAGGACAAAUGGUUCGAAGACGACUUAGAUAAGAUUCAACCAACAAUAGCAAUGCCUGUUCCAGCAAGUUACAAUGAUUUGACCACAGAUGAUACGCUAAGGGAUCACUUGGGUGUUGUUUGGUAUGAGCGCAAAUUCUUUGUUUCGCGUGACUGGUCUAUGGACAAACGCGUUUGGCUGAGAUUCGGUAGCGUUCAUUAUUCGGCAACUGUGUGGUUAAAUGGAAUCGAGAUCUAUCAGCACGCCAUUGGUCAUCUACCUUUUGAAGUCGAAGUUACAAAUCAUCUAAAAUACGCAGCAGAAAAUCGCCUUCAAGUGCUUUGCAAUAACACAUUGACACGUUCCACUAUACCUCAGGGAGAGGUAGUAAAACUUUUGACAGAAUCUGGCAAUAAGACCAUCCAAACAUAUACCUUUGACUUUUUCAACUAUGCGGGAAUACAUCGGUCUGUAGUAUUAUAUACAACACCCAAGGUCUAUAUUCAAGAUAUAAACAUAACAACCGAUGUGUUGGAUAAUUCAUACACAGAAAGCGACAAUGCGAAUACUGCCGAUGAACACUUUGAAGGUCUUGUAGGAAUAAUUGAUUUUAAAAUAAGUGUGGCCGGCUUUAGCUUAGAGGAAAAAGAAGAUUUUUCCUUUUACGACGGAUACUAUUUGAACUUACAACUUAGAGCUGCAGAUGAAAUUGUGGCCCAAGAGAUAUAUAAAGAGAUGCCCUUCAAUGGCGCUCUGAAAGUAAAUGAUCCACAACUGUGGUGGCCUUAUCUCAUGAAUCCUGUCUUUGGCUACCUUUACACUUUGGAGAUUUAUUUACAUUCUGCCGUCGAUAAGUCACUCAUCGAUGUCUAUCGCAUGAAAAUUGGAAUUCGAAAAGUCCAAUGGGAUGAAAAGAGCCUCUUAAUAAACGGACAAAAGGUUUACCUUCAUGGCUUUGGCCGCCAUGAAGAUUCGGAUUUGCGGGGCAAAGGUUUGGAUUUCGCCUUGCUUACCCGUGAUUUCGAUCUGCUAAGGUGGAUUGGAGCCAACGCUUAUCGUACCUCGCACUAUCCCUAUUCGGAAGAAUCUAUGCAGUUUGCAGAUGAAAAUGGUAUUAUGAUAAUCGAUGAGUGUUCCAGUGUUAACACAGAUUAUUUUGGUGCUGAGCUUCUGUACAAUCACAAAUCUGCCUUGGAACAACUAAUACAUCGUGAUCGUAAUCAUCCGAGUGUUGUAAUGUGGUCAAUAGCCAAUGAACCAAGAUCAUCAAAAAAUCAAUCUGAACAAUAUUUUAGAGAAAUUGUAAGAUAUGUUAAAACCUUGGACACCACCAGACCUCUUACAGCGGCCAUAAACGUUGAAAUGGAUAAGGACAAGUUGGCUCAAUUUUUGGACGUAAUUAGCUUCAACCGCUACAAUGCAUGGUACCAUAAUGCUGGUCAUUUGGACACCAUUGCACUAGGUGUUAAAAUAGAGGCCACAAAUUGGAACAAGAAAUACAAUCGACCUGUACUGAUGUCCGAAUAUGGAGCGGACACCUUAGAAGGUUUACAUGCUCUACCUGAAUUCAUCUGGUCCGAGGACUAUCAAAUCGGUUUGUUUGCUGAACAUUUUAAGGCAUUUGACUACUUAAUCAAACAGAAUUGGUUUAUUGGUGAAUUCGUAUGGAAUUUCGCCGACUUCAAGACUGAACAAGCUUAUACCAGAGUUGGUGGCAACAAGAAAGGCGUAUUCACUCGCAAUCGCCAACCGAAAGCAGCAGCACAUUUACUACGCGAACGCUACUAUGGCCUUUGCCAGCAGUUCUUUGAUUGUAAGGUUCCAACAGAAUUUCUUCCCUAUACGAUACAUUGGCGAUACCGGGUCCACCGGCCGGCGAUUGAUGCGGAAAACUGCGAUGCUUCCCAGCCAAAACAAUGUAUAGACAUUAAGUUGCAAUAGUUCAAAGUUAUGUUACAAUAGUAAAACAUUUUCAAAUUAUCCAUUA